AUGCGGAAGGCCUCCACAACAUCAGCCAAAGCCCUGGAUGCCUCUUAUGCAGUGUCUUUGCUCGUAGCUAAAGCCAAGAAGCCAUUCACUAUCGCUGAAGACCUGCUCCUUCCAGCGGCUGUAGUGCUGGCUGAGACUAUGCUGGACAAAAAUGCAGCGGAGAAAUUAAAGACUGUACCGUUGUCAAAUGACUCUGUUUGCCGCAGAGUAGAUACAAUGGGAACAGACAUUGUCGAGCAAGUUGUGGGAAAACUUAGCGACUCCUUUUCACUCCAGCUGGAUGAAUCCACAGAUGUCAGUGGAAAUGCACAACUUGUUGCUUUUGUGAGGUACGUUGACACUGACGACAUUUAUGAGCACAUACUAAUCUGCAAAAGUUUGAAGGGGAAAACAACAGGAGAGGACAUAUUUGAUGUUGUCAAUGCCGCUUUCUGUGAAAACGGUUUGCGCUGGAAAUCCUGCAGCAGCAUCUGUACAGACGCAGCGGCAUCAAUGACGGGCAGCGCAAAAGGACUAAUAGCGCGCAUUAAAAAAGAAAACCCCGACGUGAUGUGGACUCACUGUGUCAAACACAAGGAGGCAUUGGCGUACAAGAAAAUGAGCCCUGUGUUACAUGACGUUUUGAACAGCAGCAUCAAAGUGAUCAACUUCAUUAAGUCAAGGCCACUUAAUGCACGCCUGUUUCGCCGCCUCUGUGAAAAUAUGGGAGCUGAACACACACAACUGCUGCUGCACACAGAAGUGCGCUGGCUCUCUCGAGGGGGAAUACUCAACCGGCUGUUGGAAUUAAGAUCCGAAGUACACGCCUUUCUGAUUGAGCACAGAUCUCCCCAUGCCACCUUGUUCCAGGACACAGACUGGCUUGCAAAGCUGUGCUAUCUGGCAGAUAUAUUCAGCAAACUGAACAAACUGAAUAUGUCUCUGCAGGGCAAGGACACCAGCAUUUUAAACCUGUAUGACAAGGUGAGUGGCUUCCUGAAGAAAGCAGAACUGUGGAGAAGGGCCUGUGCACAGGAGGAUUUCACCUGCUUUCCUCAGCUGGAUGAUUUUCUCUCUAGUGAGGAUGUGGACAGAGCUCCAGUCAAGUUGGUCAUAGUGGGACAUUUGACCAAGUUGAUACAGGAUUUUCAUUCCUACUUUCCUGACAUGGAGGAGAAAUCUGCACAGCUGGAUUGGGUGAGAAACCCAUUUCUCUUGUCCAAAGCAAACUGA